GACCUUGAGGCGGCAAAGGGCCUAUCCCAGAAGGAUGUGUUCAGCCGCUUUCCCCAAUCUGCUAUGGAGACAUUGUUCGGAAUGAUGGCUAUGCAGAAGCAGGUGGAGAUGGGGAACGCCAGGGCUCGUAAGUUUUCUGAUAGCCUGGAGGUGGCUAAUAAAGAAAACGACCUUCUCGCCAUGAAGAAUACCGAGGUACUGGCUCGGCUUGAGAAAACUGAACAAGAGAAAGAUGUCCUGAAGAAGGAGAAUGACUCUCUUCAGGAUGAGAAGGAUGCCCUCCAGCUUGAAAAGAGCGUCUGGCAGACUGAGCGUGACUCAAUCAGAGACGAAAAGGCAGAACUCCAGCGCCUUCUGGCUGAUGAACAGUCUGCUCGGAUGGCUUUUGAGAAAAGAGCUCUGGACGAGCGUACCGCUCUGAUCGAUGCGAUCAGCAGAGUGAGCGGUGGGAUGCUGGCUCUUCACGCUCGGUUCUCAAGGGUCGGUGCUCUUAGAUAUGCUCAAGGAUUCCGGGAAGGUUUCGCCGACCGAGUUCCGGAUGAGGGACAGACCAGCUCCACUCCAGAUGAGGUCGACAAGGAUCUAGGGAUCGGACCUCUGGGGGUUUCUGAAGCUACCAAUGGAGCUCCUAGGAAAGUUUUUAAACCAGCUGAGCGCCGGUCCGGCUAG